UUUAGUGUGAAGUGUAUCUGUAGUAUUCAAUUUACAAUACUUUUCAGCUCAAAAAUGCAUUUAUUCCUUCUUCAUCUGAGGAUGAGAAUUGAGAACACCGACGAGAGCAUAAUUAGAUAAUUACAUACAUAAGUCGAUCUCUGGUACCUUAAAACGAAUAAAAUAAUGCAUCCCCUCAUUGUCAACUACAUAUGUACGUACGUUUCAUGCAAGAUGUUACAGUGCUAUGGUUACAAGUCUUGGAUUUCCAUCUCCAACAAAAAUUUCCUACAUAUAGUGCAUAAUCUACAUAUUAGAUUUAUAAUGUCAAAGAUUUUCCCUUGUUAGCUACAAAAUACCCAAGCCUUAUAGAUCACUCUCGAAUUAGUACCCUUGAUUUCAUCUCAAUUAAAACGUUAUAUUACAGUUGGCAGUAUAUAAUUUGUACAUGUACAUAUUUGCAUACGAAUUUCCCCCAUAUUUUUUUGAAAUAAAAAGCACUCGAAAUAAAACCUUUAAGCAAGAUCAUUUUCGGUGUUGGCAACACAAAGAAAAUGGAUCCGUCCAACACAAUCUUGCAUUUUCUGAACACAAUUCCAAUUCCGACGAUACUGGUUAGAAACUUGAAAAACAUAAUUUUUAGAAUUACAACAGUUUUAGCCUUGUUCAAUCAUGGCUUUGAUUCUGUGAUGGAUCCCAACCCAUUAUUUCGCUCGUCUGAGAAUUAUGACUUCAUUAUUGUGGGCGGAGGUUCGGCGGGAGCAGUCGUGGCAAAUCGACUAUCAGCAAAUCCAAAUUUCAAAGUCCUGCUACUUGAAGCUGGUGGCAAUCCCACCGUCUUAAAUUCAAUCCCAGCCAUGGCGACGUACAACUUACAUCAUCCUGACACCGACUGGAUAACACCUUCGGAUCCGCUAACCACUUCUUGUCUUGCGUGCAAAGAUAACUUGAUUACAAUCGUGAGAGGGAAAAUUCUGGGCGGCUCGAGCAGCUUGAACGGUAUGAUUUACAUGAGAGGGAAUCCGAAUGACUUUGAUAACUGGGCGAAUCUUACCGGGGAUGCGUCCUGGUCAUAUGAAAAUGUCCUGCCCUAUUUCAAAAAGUCGGAAGAUUAUACUGGAAAUUAUCCUGAUCCGAGGUAUCAUGGAACCGGAGGACCUUUAUCGGUGACUGCUAAACCUGAUGAUCCCCUCACCAGGGAUUGGAUGUCUGCCGCGAGAGAGAUGGAAUUCAACAAUUCGGAUGCAAAUGCGUACCAGACAUCGACAUUUUUCCCUGUCGACCACACCACGAAGGACGGGCGGAGAUGGAGCACGUAUAAAGCUUUCAUUCAACCGGUUCUGGAUCGGAAUAAUUUUAAAGUAAUUCGUUAUGCGCAUGUCACACAGGUAAAUUUUGAUUCGACUAAACGUGCCGUGGGAGUCUCGUACAUCAAAAAUGGGCGCACAUUCAGUGCGACAGCUUCAAAGGAAGUAAUCCUUUCGGCAGGUGCGAUAGGAAGUCCACAUAUUCUAAUGUUGUCCGGAAUCGGGCAUUCUGACCAUUUGAAGUCAUUUGGGAUCCCAACCAUAUCAAAACUCGCUGUUGGAGAUAAUCUACAAGAUCACGUCUUAUCACUGGCUGGACCUUUCAUUUUGAACGACACUGUGUCCUAUAUUUCCGACAGAGAUUUGAGUAUGGGAGCUGUAAAGCUGUACCUUCGGAAUCAUACAGGGCCCCUUUCGUCUAGUCCCAUAGCGGCACUUGGACUGUUUAGUACGGCGAAACCGCCAGAACCGAAUUGGCCGAACUUGCUUACAAUAUUUUAUCCGGUCGGGAUCCACAAGUCAUUCGGGGAAGACUUUGAUUUUCUUCUUGGUUUUAAGGAGGGAACCAUGAAUUCAUAUGUAAAUGGAUUUAUUGGAAGAGAUGCAAAUAUUGCCGUAUUUAAUUUUGGACUUCCAAAAAGUAGAGGAACAGUUCGUCUCCGUUCAGCAAAUCCGCUGGAUAAACCGGUCGUUGAUUUGAACUAUUACAGUCAUCCAGACGACAUGAAGGAGAUGAUUAGGGGGUUGAAACUAUUAAUUAAACUUUUCGAAGAAACUGAAGCAUUUGCGAAAUACAAUGCGACGUUAAUACCAAAUCAUUUCCCUGGAUGCGAAAGCCACAUUUUGAGAACUGAUGAGUAUUACGAGUGUUUCUUAAGACAUUUAACCGCGACGACAGAGCAUCAGAGCUGCAGUGUAAAAAUGGGAAGUGCUGAUGAUCCGAAUGCUGUAUUAGAUUCACGAUUGAGGGUGCGUGGAGUGAAGGGACUGCGAGUUGCGGACGCGUCCAUAAUGCCGAGAAUAACAAAUGCUAACCUGAACGCACCAGUUAUCAUGAUUGGAGAGAAAGCUGCGAGUAUGAUAUUGGAAGAUUGGGAGAAAAGUACAUAAUUUUAAGGAUUUUUAGGUUUUCAUGACUUUAAUCCCCAACUAUUAAACAAAUAUUUCACAUCAUGUAGAUUAUUAUUUGCAGCUAAAAUAUCUUAAUUGUAUGGCUACAGACAAGAAUAUAGAUACUAUUUUUAGAUAUGUACAUAUACACAUAUGUAUGUACAUGUAAGUGGUACAUAUCUAUGUGACAAGAAAUUAAGUGGCAAUAAAUGCCACAAACCAAGACACAUUGGCCUAAUGCCUUCCAUUUGACCAACGUUAUUCAUUUCAUAUAUUACUGAAGUUUGUCAUACAUAGACUUGACAGAAUUGCCAAAUGUUGAUCGGAAUCAGACUUGGGCGUAAACUUACAAA